CGACCAUCGACAGUGACAAUAUCCAGCAAUUGAACGAUCAACACCAUGCUCCCCACCGUCCGAUCACGAGCCGUAUGGCAAUUGUCGAGGAGAGCCCAAGUCGCUGCUCGCAGAAGUUACGCCUUCUCUGCCAAUGACAAGGAGGUGGUCAACGAUCCAAAGCCCUCCAAGCAGGUCCCAAAUAUCUCCAAAACCAACGAGCUACCCACCGAGGCGCCACAAUCUUCUACUGCGCUGCAGGAGAAUGUAGAGGAUGGGGAGAAGAUGCGAGUAUCGCAGGCGCCAAAUAGAGCAGCUACCUGGUCCAAGAGCCAGAAUCCUAGAGCCAAGGCAAUGUCAGGACCAAGAUUCGAACAAACGAUUAUGGCCGCCCAGGUAUAUCUCCAGAACGCGCAAGUGAGAAUUGAGCUUUGCUAAAAGUUUCCAGCCUAUGCCUCAAGCAGCCAUUGGAUUGAUCCAUCAGCAACCAGUCCACUGGACACACGACCGAAUUGUAUCGUGUAACGGAGGUGGGGGACCGUUGGGACACCCAAGAAUCUUCAUCAAUACCGAUAAGCCUCAAAUCUGCAUGUGCGAAUAUUGCGGGAACCCAUUCGUAAGUAUUCCUGUUUUGUAAAGCAUAUUGGAUGGGAAUGACAGCUAUCGGCGGGGUUCUUGUAUUCUUGACCAUCACUCAACUAACUUCUUCCAGGCCAACGAGCACCACCGCCAAUAUCUCGAGUCACUCCCAGAAACCACAUGUCCAUUGCUCCCAAAAGGGGCAGAAGCAGAAGCACCCGAACCGCAACAGGUUACUGAUGAAGUGCUUGCUCAGAGAUAG